UACCCAAGAUUCUUCAUGGUGUCAAGCCUGAAGUUUGCUUAAUUGUGUUUGACCCACCAGGAACUGGCAAUUUGAAAGUGUCACUUCAUGAAAUACCUUCAGGCACUGUUCUUGCAGAGACUUUUGACGUAAUUACUCCAGAUGGUGGUCUGUUACUUUCUUGUUCUCACCUGCCUGUUAAUAAUGUUAACGUUAAACUGGCUGAGCUUCAAGUACAAGUUGACUUCCCCUCAAAUCCACAUUUUGAGAUUAACGAAAAAAGAGAAGUACAGAUUUCUUCUGCAGGAGUACUUACCUUUAUUGAAACUGACAAGUCAAACUAUUCACCUGGUGAAAAAGUUUUGGGUGUUGCUGGCAGCGAGGAGGAUGUUGCUACCUUACAAAAGGACAUGGAGCAUUUGAUGAAUGUUCAAGUUGAAGAUCCUGAAGGGACGAAAAUAGUAGAAUGGUUAAAUGUAACAACAAGAAAAGCUCCCACAAAAUUUUAUGUUGUUGCUAGUCCUCCUCCUUAUGUGCUGGCAGAUACUGACCAUUUUACAUGGAAGAUUUGUGCCAAGCAUACAUAUGGUCAGAAUGUUGAAGGUACUCUUAAGGCAUUUGUGACCUAUGUGCCAUUUUCUAAAGAAAAAUCUAUUAAUUUACCAUUCCUUAACCAUGAAGGAAAUAUUAAUGGCUGCUUUGAUUUAGUUAUUCAAGAAGAAAUUUUGAAAUGGAAAACUGAGAAAUACUUCUUCCAAACAAUCAUAUUAAAAGCCACUGUUAUUGAGAAACAAACAUAUGUCAUGCAAAGUAUCACUGAAGAACUUAAUCUGGUUGUUGUACCCAUUGAGCUGACUUUUCCAAAUGUGGAUCUGCACUCACCUCAUUUUCAUUUGAGCCUUCCAUAUUUUGGAAAAAUUGAUGUAAAAAAACCUGAUGGAAAACCAGCACCAGCAGAAAUUAUUGAAAUUUGUUAUGAAGCUUAUCAACGGUUUGAUAUGUCAGCACCUAAACAUUGCAAGAAUUUCUCUUCAGAACUUGAUGGAUCAGUAGAAUUUGUUAUACCUGCUCAACCAAAUUUCAUUCAAGGGAUUUAUGUAGAGGCUGUGGCUACCAAGUACCCUAAUGUUGAUUCAAGAGGAAAAAGAGUUCUUUAUCAACCUAUGGAAUCCUUGUACUUGACACCAUGGUACUCUCCCAGUGGCAGCUUUUUGGAGAUUGUUCCUAUUCACAGGAUUCCAGAAUGCCAAGAUAAACUUAAGUUUGAUGUGAUUUACACAACAGAUACUAUUGAACAAGCUCCUGUUAUGUUUGUUCAGGAUGCUGGUUUUUUGGUGAUGGCAGAUCUAACUUUGGAAACUAAACCCUGUAUUAGUUCCGAUGAAUUUUCAUAUCUCGUAGGUAAAAGAAAUAGCUAUAACAAUAGACAUAAGUCAGCUAUGGAAAACCUAAAUACACAUUUUUUCAAAACUCUGUUGUGGGAUUUGGUACAAGUAAAUGGAAAAACUGAAAUUCAUCACAAUGUUCCUAAAGAAACAACUAAGUGGAGUGCAAAUGCUGUCUGUUUGAGUGAUAUCUCUGGCAUUGGAAUUAGUGAAUUCGUCAGUGCUGAAGUUCACAAACCAUUUUAUCUGGGCCUUACUACUCCAUACUCCAUAGUUAGUGGUGAAAGUGUAGAGCUGAAAUCUUUCGUGUACAAUUACUUGCCUGAUUGCCUUCCUUUAACAUUGGUAUUGACAUCAGAAUACUCUGAGCAGUUGAAGGCACAAGGUAAAACUACACAGUCUAUUUGUGUUUGUGGUAAUGAAAGUAAGACAGUCAACUUCAAGGUCAAAGGCCAAACCCCAGGAAAAGCCAUUGUAUCUGUGAAAGCAUUGUCUAACAAAGAUAAAAGUCAGUGUGACAAAACAUCAGUGUCUGACAAACAUUUUGAAGAUAUAGUUUCAAGGAAUAUUCAAAUUGAAACUAAUGUUGAAUCCUUCAACAUUGAUGAACCUAUACCUAGCUUCAACAUUAAGAUUUCUGGUGUUGACACUGGUUUAGGGCAAUGUGAAAAACGUCAUUUGACACUAUGUUUGAGCCGUACAAAUACCACUGCUUCUCCAUCUAUGGUUGUGGCUGAUAUCAAGAUGCCUUCAGGAUUUGUUCCUGACUACAAGAGUUUAAAUGAGCUGGUUGUUAAUAGGAAUUCAUCUCUCUACACUUUUAAAGGAAAAGACAAUCAUGUGGAAAUGUUAUUAGGAGAGAUACAAGCAAGGUCAACUUGUUUCUCCUUUGCUAUAAUACAAGAAAUUAAAGUAACAGGACUGAAAGAAGCUGUUGUAAAUGUUUAUAAUAAAAAUGACAAAGGUGUUCCUGUUAGUUGUCCAAUUUGCCAGAGUUCCUUCCACAGUAGCAUCUAUUACAAAUUGAACUAUUUCAAGUAUGUUCUCGUUGGAGAAAUUCUUUACAAGCCUAGAGAUGAUGAUGGUAGUUUAUGUGGCUCCUUCUCCAUUAUUAAGUUUCUAAAAGGCAACAAGAAAUAUUUCAAAAGAGAAGUCCAUUUCAGAGUUAAGAAUAAUUGCGGAUGUAACCCGAUACAACAUACAAGAGGAAAAUUUAUAUUGAUCACAACCAGUAAAGUUUGGAUUAAGGAGAACUAUUUAUUUACAUCACUUAUGCUCAGCCAAGAUGUAUAUGUAAUAAAUUAUAACAAUUUGGAUGACAUGAAAAAUGCACUUAUAGAGAGUAAUCAUCUCAGUAAAAGUCCAGAUGCUCCGUCUUCCUGUCCAAAUUGUUUAUCUUCUAUUGACAACCAGCUUCAAGAUAUUAUUUCUUCUGUUGACAGUGGUGAUCAGCAGUUUGCUCAGAGGUCAUUUCGAACUUGUACACAGAAAUAUGGAUACAUAGAAAGAGCUAACAGAAUUUCAGAGGGGGGAAGGAUAGUUGGAUGUCAUUUGGGAAAAAUGUCUGUAUGUGCUAUUGUGCAACAAUUAAACAUUCCCAGGUCGACAUUUGGCAAUGUGCUGAAGAAAUGGAAGUCCACAUGUGACAUUGAGCCCAAGAAACGACCAGUUUUAAAAAUUGAAAUCCAGAGAAAUCCAACUGAAGAUAAAGAAAAACUUUCUGGUUCCUUUGUUGUUAUUGACAAGUACACGAGACUCCAAGAUGAUUAUGGAUAUCCUGUUAUCUUCAGUGCUAAGAGAGACUGCUAUUGCGACAAUCUUACACCUGGCACUUUUCUUCUGUUUGCUGGAAAUGAUGCUUGGACAGAAAUGAAUUUCAAAAUGCAGAUGACAGACCAAGUGUACAUUGUAGCUUACAGCAGUACAAAUGAACAUGAGGUUCAAGAAAAGCUGGGGUCAGUCAAUGAUAAUCACAAUCAAAGAAUAGCACCAAAUUUAUAUAUGGAUUGUUCUUCAAAGCCUUUUAUCUGUCCAAAAUGCCAAUCUAGCAUAGACUAUCAUUUGGGGAAGAUAAUUUGUGCCUUCGAUAUCAUUCUCAAGAUUGAUAUCAAGACACUUGCUGGUGCAGGUGAUGAAGACACAUGUGGUCAAUUUGUGGUUACAAAGUUAUUGAAAGGCACAGAGUAUGACAUUGCAUACAACAUCAGAUACAAUGUGAAGAAGGGCUGUUAUUGUGACCAACUUAAAGUCGGUCCAUACAUCUUAUUGAGCAUGAAAGUUCCAUGGAUCAAAACAACAAACCAAGUGUAUCUUAUAAAUUAUAACUCAGGAAAUGAAUAUAAAAUUGAGAAGAAACUACAAUACUGUGACUCUUACCUACCACCAGAAUCAUAUCCACAAAAAUCUUACCCAUAUAGACCAUUGACAUACUGUCCUUCAGUACCUUAUUUUUGUCCAAUCUGCCAACUUCACAUAGAUUAUAAAGUGGAAGGAAUAAUUUGUACCUUCGAUUUCAUUCUCAAGAUUGACAUCAAGUCACUUCCUAGUUCAGCAUAUGGAUACUCAUGUGGAAAGUUUGUAAUUAUCAAAUUCUACAAAGGUAACAAGUAUCACUUUGAAUCUGAGAUUUAUUACAAUGUGAAAAAGAACUGCUACUGUGAUCAACUGAAAGUUGGCCUUUUUAUCUUACUGAGUGUGAGUGACCAUUGGAGUAAAGUUAGCUACAAAUAUGGUGCUGUGAAGUUGACGGACUUACAAUUGAAAAUAAACUAA